AUGCCGGCAAGAUGCGGUACUAGUCACGAUGUUCACGGAAUGGACAGGAAGUUCCUCUCAAUGAGCGCUGGAGAAUUCGCACGCAUCGGUGCCCUGGGCCAGGACGCAGAAUCCACAUUUAGGAAACCAACAUUCUUCGACCAUUUGCUUGUAAACCGCUAG